CACGCCUCUGUGGUGUAACCCCGCCCCUCGCAGGCGUCGCCCCAGUCGCUGCGUCAUUGUGUCGGUGUCGCGUUCGGUCUCACGGUGACGAGCAAAGGACGGGGAGACUCACGCAGUGAUUACCAGCAGUAUGGCGGAGACCAGCGGGCAGCAAUCUACUCACAUUUCUUCAUCAGUCGGAGAGAAGGGCGGCUGCUGUGCGGAACUUGACACCCAACAGCCCACCCUCGAAUCACCAGGAUCUCCCUUUGAGGUGAUUACCAAGAGCAUAGACUUUGAAUUUAAGGACUUUGCUGGCGAAGGGCGAGUCAGCAUGGAGGGACACUCGGACAUUCCUUUCACGCAAGAGAGCUUUGAUCAUCCGUCAGUCCCACCCCUACACUCUGGAUUUACACACCCAGGUACUUUUGUAAGUGUAAAUCAGGAAGAGCUCUCUCUAAACCUGGAUCCUGUGCAUAGUUUUACAAGAGACAGUGAUCAAAAUGUACUUUCCAGGAACAAUUUUGCUCCUGCAGACUUCUCCUUCAGCUGUUCGUAUCCUGAAUUAUCUGGGGACAAGGCCACUCCUGCUGCUUUGCCACAAGACACUACAAAGGACAAUAUGGAAGAAGAUGGCAAUCUGAAACCAGGUAUAGGGUCUUGGCGGGUGUAUCAUGAAGAAUCUACAGCACAACAGAGGGAAGAACGUCCUUUUGAUGCGAAUACUGAAAUACGAUGGCCGGAUGCAGAUGAUGAAAUUGAUAGCUCUGGGGAGUCCGAUGACACAGUUAUAGACGCAGGCUGGAGGUUUAAGAGCUCAGCCGUAGAGAGAGCAAACCAGUCUGAAAAUGGGUGGGCCGAGCUCAACGAGACCCAAAACAAUAAGAAAUCUGUAGUUAUUUCAGAGACUGAGGGUGAUGACACUCCAGAAUAUGAGAAUCCAGAUGCAAGGACUCUGUGUCCAGAAGAAAACCUUAAGAUUCAGGCCUCAUGUUUAGCUCGUGCUGCUUUGCACUCUCCUGGUUCCCCACAAAGUGAAGGUUUUGUGGAUUUAGGGGAAUCCGGCAAUAUACAGCAGUAUGUGGUAACCGGGCAUUUAGAGGCAGAAUUUCUAGAAGAUCGAAGGCAAGAGAACCUGACCAUUGAAGCAUUAAAAGCGCUGGCAGAUGCAGGACAUGAAUGGGACUCGGAGAGUAGAGAGUCUUCUCCAGAAAUCCUGUGUGCCUCUCUACAUUCUGGUUGCCUUGAAGGUGCACAGUCCUAUGGUUUGACAAACAGAGGAGGAUCACUCGAGGGGGCCGUGUCCGCUGAUAAAACCCAGCAUAUAAAAGUACGAGACCUGUUGUCCUGGCAGGAUGUGAAGAAGUCUGGGGCAGUUUUCGGAGUGACAAUGGUGCUUCUCCUGUCGUUGGCAGCCUUCAGCAUCAUCAGCGUCCUGUCUUAUAUCAUCUUAUCGGUUCUAACCGUCACCAUAAGCUUCCGUAUGUACAAGUCUGUCAUGCAAGCUGUGCAGAAAUCCGAAGACGGACAUCCCUUCAAAGAUCUACUGGAAAAAGACAUCACUCUGUCCUCAGAAAAACUACAACAGAAGGUUAACUCGUCUCUUGCUCAUGUAAAUCGUGCACUGAAACAGCUCGUACGGCUCUUCCUGGUGGAGGACCUUGUAGAUUCACUUAAGCUUGCUCUUCUCAUGUGGCUGAUGACCUAUGUAGGAGCGGUAUUUAAUGGAAUCACUCUUCUUAUACUUGGUGUACUGAUUGCAUUCACUGCCCCAAUUGUAUAUGAGAAAUACAAGGUGCAGAUUGAUCAUUAUGUGUCCCUGAUCCAGGAGCAGGUGAAAUCCAUAACAGAGAAGAUUCAGGCCAAGCUCCCUGGCGCAUUGAAGAAGAAAUCUGAAUGAAGAAACACAGAUGUGGGGGAGGGUCGGGGUUCAUAACAGAGUGUAAACACUGGCUAUGUUGUAUCUCGUUACUACUCGUUAUUUGGCUGCCUUUAUGUACCACACAGGAUCCUUUGUCUAUAUACAUAGAUACACACACGUACGUACACACACAUGCAUGUGUGCUGCUCCUCUUAGGCAGGAAAGGACCAGCAUCUAGUAUUGUGAGAAGGUAUUACUGCUCUUCUGUAAACACUGGAGUACAUCAUUUUACUGCUUUCUCCUUUUGCACCCUCUAACAUUCCCAGCAAAGGGUUCAAACACAUCGCUUCCUUUCCUCUCUGAUCGGCUCUGUAAUUAAUGUGAUCUGAGUUAUCUGUGCUGACGUCUUUCUCAUCCUGUAUUCCACCUUUUUUGUUACUAUCAUUAUCUUCUUUUCCCCUGUCCCUCCGCACAAAGUAACCCCCUUUUUUCCGCGACACAUCCUCUUCAUUGCACCAGUCACAUUUCCAGACAUAUUUGUUGUACGUAAUAAUACAAGAUGGUUUCCAUUCUUGCACCGUGUAAUUUAUAUGUAUAUUUAUAACUGAUUAACUUUUUUUUUUUUUUUAAUUGACGGAUUUGUGGGGUAAGGAAUGAAAUUAUCACUAAAUAAUUGCUAAGAAUUACUAUCUGUUGACUGUGACAGUAAAGGUUCACCCCUCUCUCAUCUACACGUUUCCCCCUUUCUUGCCGCAGGAGAUGUACUCAUGCAUACAACAAUCUAUUAUACAUUUUCUUUUAUCUAAACAAUUAGUAAAUUCCACUUCUAAAACUAAGCUGCUGAUGCUGAAAGAUAUAAUUUUUUUAAUAUGGAACAAUGUAUUUAUAAUAUUGGGUUUGUUAAUCACUGUGUACAGCAUUCGCUUGCUGUUGGACGCUCGUUUCGGUGGAAAAUGGGAGCAACAAAAUUUCCCUUUUUUUUUUUUUGUGUUAAUGUUCUUUGAAAUGUUCACAAACUAUUGGGUUUUCUAGAAUGUCAAUUGUGAUAAUUCUGCAGGAAAAGCAGAGUGGGAUAUUUUACUAAAUGUUAUUGUUGCACUGAAGCUUCUAACUAUUCACUGUAUAUCAAUACUGUGUAAAAGCUAACUGCUAAUUGUUCUUUCAAAACUGAAAAGGGGGUGAGCUAAUUAAGUAUUCACUAAUACAGCUGUAAACAAGCUCGUUAGCACAGGAAAUAUUCAGAUUUUUAGUUUUUGCAAGUUUGUGGAACAAAUCUCUAUAUAUAUUGCGAAUACAUGUGGUAAUAAUAAAAACAGAGUAGAAAGUGAA